AUAGGUGUCUGCACCUACACUCCUGCACUGCAGGCGGCGGCAUAGAAACGAAUUGGUGUUAUCUGACCAUGCGCAGAGUAGACAGAGUUAGCUCCACACAGUAGCUACCGAAGCAGAUUUGUCAGCUCAGAGCGCCAACGGUAGAGGCUUCACCUAUUCACUUUGGGGUUGGCCAUCACACAAUGGCAGACGCUGCCCUCCUAUCUGAACUCAGCAGCAAAUUGUCCACCUUACACAACCUGUGAGUCUCCAAGCCCAGUUGGAAGGACAGCGACUAGUGACCCAUACUGAGAGAGAGUCCUGUAGGGGAGCUGCAUCUAACUCUUAUCAAGGUCAAGGAUCUUUGGACAUUUUUGUAAAGCUCCAGAGAGCAUGUGUGAACGAGAGGACCAAGGAGAAGCCCCCUCCAAUACGCUGGCAAACAGUGACGUCAUCAAAAUCCCAGAUGACCUCUCCCUGAGCGACUCGGACCCAGAUGAGCCUACCCUGCCCUUUGACCCGGAGGUAGAAGACCUCUCCUCCUCGUCCGCUGAUGAAGAGCCCGGGGAUCUGGGACCGAGGCAGCCCUCCGUCAGACCCACAGAACCAGCCUUCAGUUUAAGAGGUGGCAGUUCCAGCUUCUCUAGCCGUACCAAGAGCAUUUUUGACUGCCUGGAGAAAGCUGCUGGGCUGGGCCAGGAGAAAACAACAGGGCUGAGUCAGGAAAGACCCACUGGGCCACUAGGAAAGGACAGGGUCUCCGGGCUGGGCCUGGAGGAUCACCUCAGGGAUGGGGUAUUUGCUCGUCCCUCCCCACCCCCACCACCAGUCCCUCGAGGGGGAAAGAGCGGUAGAGGAGUGCCUGACUACCUGUUGCACCCGGAGCGCUGGACACGCUAUAGCCUGGAGGACAUACCUGAGACCAGCGACCGCCAAAAUAGUACUGUGGCCCAGCAGUACAUACACAGCCUUCAGCAAAGAAAGAACAGCUCAAAGGUCUGUGGUCCCGAAGAGACUUUCGUACCCACGUUCAACCAGGGCCAAAACAGCAGUUCCCAGCAUAAGAUAGUGUUCUCCAGGCCUAGCCACGCUCAGAAAGAGGACGCAGGGGACAUGUCUAAAGAUGGAGCCAGAGAAAGGAGCACGGGUUUCAAACACCCCGAUCUGGAUGAAGAGGAGGAAGGGGAAGAUGAGGAUGUGGAGGAGGGGGCAGCUUUCUCCCAUUGUCUGAAAGAAACAGAGAGGAAGAGGAAGAGGCCACAGCAGGAAGAAGACCCAGGGACGCUGAAGGAGGAGAUGGAGAAGCCCAGCCUUGGUUUUGCCAGCUUCAAGAAGAUCAACCGCAAGAACUUCCGCAAAAGCUCAAAGGCGGAUGAGGACUGAGAAAGUACAGAAUGCCCCCCAAUCUUGGCUUCCCUAACAACAUUUCCCACUUCUGACCCUUCAACAUGUGCAGUGUUGUGCUUCCAUCACCUUACUUCUGCUAGAGGCUUAUGCCAGCAGUUUUUUUCAUGUUAAAAGACUAUUAGGGCCACCUGACUGUAUCCACUUUGAUGUAAAAUGUGUACUGUAGUCCUUAGUGAAGACUGGUAACAUGUAUCAGUCCUGCUAGUGGUAUUGUUGACAGUGAUAGUCAAAUGCUCCUUCCGAUUUAACGUUGUUGCUUAACUAUUUCAAUGUAGUCAGUGUGCUUGCACAGACAGGACACACGGGGUUAAAUAAAUAUCUGAUCCAUUGUU